CUUUGACCUAAAGGAGUGGCAUCAAUACUUGUUCAACCCGUCGUGUAACUUGCUACAGUGUAACAAUCGUUAAGACAAUGUCAGAUAUGUCGUACUGUUUUUGACGUUAGUUCGUCAGCAAGACUUACAUGUAACAAAACCGUCUGUAGUAAUGGAACUACGGCAAUCCUUUCCGUCACAAGACACCGGAGUGUUGUACGACAUGUUGACGACUGCCUCAAGAAUGCCCUCAACCUCCUGACGUCAGAAACCGAGCCCUGCCAACAAUCAUUAGGUGGCCAUUUAAAGAAUUGAAGGCUUGAUGCUAACUUUGUAGAUCCGUUUUCUACAAGAUAUUCGCAAUUUAAACUUUGAGAUUUUCAUUGCUACCGACCGUCAGUACGUUAAGAGCGCAUAUUUAACCUGACAACGACACCUUCCAGACAGGAAAGCUCCAGAACUGCGAGGUCUUCAACUACUAUAAUUGAAACCGCCGGGGCAUCUUAACCUUCAAUCCGCCCACAUGCUUUUACCGUCCAAAAUGAAGACAUCACUGAAACAAUUGGUCAAAUUCUAUUUAGUGAUAUUUCCAACAUGUUUUGGCGCAUUUCUAGUGGUUUAUUUUGCAGAAAAGAAGGUUUCACUAAGCAUACAAACAAGGGAUCAAACAGUUCAUUGUGACUGCAAUGAAAGUUACACCCGUCCAGAUCCCAAAGAAACACUUUCAAUCUGUAGCAGUGAUCCGCAAGAUGACCCACUUGUUAAUCCGUUAUCAAAGUUUUAUUCUGUAUGGUACGAUCCACCUACUGAAAAGACAUUGACCAAACCGGAGAAAGUAAAGAUUGUCUUUUGGACGGACCUAUGGAACAACCACCUGAGAAAGAAACUACCCAAAGGGAAUCGCUCAUUGUGUCCACGAUUUCCUAAUUGCAUCUUUUCUAAAUACCGGGACGAAAUUCACGAAGCUGAUGCCGUCAUCUUUGAAAACAGCAACUUGCCGAAGGAUUAUAAUUCCUCUCUGAUGCCAACAGUUCGCUACCCUCACCAGCAUUCGGUAUGGCUUAGCACUGAAUGUCCGAACUACCCGUCUAUAAACUUUGAAACGUACAGGGGUGUUUUUAACUGGACUAUAACAUACAGAGCUGAUUCUGAUUCUUUAGGUGGAUGGGGUUCGUUAUAUGAGACUUACCAGAGACUCAAAGAUGAAGGUGUUGAUCCAAUGAAGGACUACACAGAAGGGAAGAAGAAACUUGCCGUCUGGUUCAUAAGUAAAUGCAACACCCAAGCAAACCGCAUCGCAUAUGCUACUGAACUGGUCAAGCAUAUGCAUGUUGAUGUUUACGGCGGAUGUGGCAAGAACGACGUAUGCGCAAAAUGGAAGAUCAAAUGCAUGCCGAAAGUCAUCAGACAAUACAAGUUCUAUCUAGCCUUUGAGAACAUGAAAUGUAAAGAGUACAUCACCGAGAAGUUCUGGAGGAAUGCUCUGGAAAACGACGUCGUUCCGGUAGUUUUGGGAGCCAACAGAUCCGACUACGAGAGACUGGCACCACCGCACUCCUUCAUACACGUGGACGACUUCACGUCACCCAAGGAACUAGCUAAUUACUUAAAGAUGCUUGAUCAAGAUAAAGAUAAAUAUAACGCGUACUUCAAGUGGAAGACUACUCCUCCUAAGAACAUGCCCUUAGAUGAAGGCAGGUGGUGUAAUCUGUGUAGAGAGCUUCUUGAGAGAUGUCCAACUAAAAGGAAAGUUUACACAGACUUGAGGACUUGGUUUGAAGGCGAGAACCUUUCAAUGUGUGACCCCAAGGAAAAUGUAAAAUAUCAGGAACUUCGGUUUGUCGAAAAUCACUUCGAACUUGCUCAUCAGACGAACUAAUGUUUUAUGAACACU